CUUUUCCUAUUCUGACCUUGUGUGACGCUACCAGAUCACAACAGCUAAUUUGAGAUUUGUGGUGAUCCUGAUCUACCCUUUAAUCGAUAAGUAAACAUGGUAGAAGAAAUGGCUGUAGGCCUUAAUAAGGGCCAUCGUGUCACGAAAAUAGCAGUUAAGCGUCGACCUUCAAGAAGAAAGGGAACGACUUCUAAACGCGUAAGGUUUGUUCGCGAACUGGUCCGUGAAGUUAGUGGCUUUGCUCCAUAUGAAAAAAGAGUUAUGGAACUGCUCAAAGUUGGUAGGGAUAAGAGAGCGCUGAAAUUCAUUAAGAAAAGGGUUGGUAACCAUACUAGAAGUAAGAGGAAGAGAGAUGAACUUGGACGUAUCCUCCAACAAAUGAGAAAAGCUCAGCAUUAACAUUGUACUAAUGUAAAAAAAGCAUGUGUUGAGAUAUGCGGUAAAAUACGACUGCC